AUGGCUGCACCUGGCCUGGCCUUGCUUUCUCUCGCUGCUGCAGCAUCCCUCGAGAAACGACAAACCACGCCAUAUGCUGUCCAGACCCCACCUUUAGACACAGACUGGACACACCAAGUGGGCACGAAUCCGUGGCCUGCACAUCCAAGACCGAAGCUCAAGCGAGAGCAAUGGCAGACUCUCAACGGAAUCUGGACAUAUUCAAAUGCCUCGAGCUUGGAUGCAGUCAACGACCCACCUGUCAAUCAAACACUGUCAAGAGAGGUGCUGGUGCCAUUCUGUCUCGAAAGCGGACUUUCUGGCAUUCAGGGCGUGGAUGUGUAUUACAGCUGGUACCAAACUACCUUCACGCUUCCCACCAACUGGACUGGCCAAAGGACUCUUCUGAACUUCGACGCGGUAGACUAUGAAGCUACAGUUUUUGUAAACGGCAAGAACGCAACAUUCAACAGGGGUGGCUACUUUGCUUUCUCCGUCGACGUAACGCAGUACCUAAACCCUAGCGGUUCCAAUGAGCUCCUGGUGUUUGUUCACGACCCCACCGAUCUGGACCCAUAUGUUAUACCAAUAGGCAAGCAGACCCUCAAUCCAUCACACAUCUUUUACAGACCCUGCAGUGGUAUUUGGCAAAGCGUGUGGCUUGAAUCUGCGCCGACAGAUUACAUUAGCGACUUGAACAUCAAUGGUGAUGCCGAUGGAAACCUCAACAUCACAGUAGGAGCUGCGAACGAUGCAACUUCGCAGGUUGAAGUUCAAGUCUGUGAAAGAUCAACUGCGGGCGUGGCUUCAAAUGGAGACAACAGCGGCUCAGGAUGUACUUCUGGGAGCGGAAGGGCUGGUUCGCCAUUUACAAUGAAGGUCGACUCGCCCAAACUCUGGAGUCCAAGCAGCCCAACACUGUACGACGUCACACUCAAGCUGCGAGACGACCAAGUCAGCAGCUACACUGGCUUUAGGACUAUCGGCCGCGCUGAUGUGCAGGGUGUACAGCGGAUCAUGCUUAACGGGGAGUCCAUCUUUACAUUCGGCACUCUCGACCAGGGAUACUGGCCCGAUGGCUUGUACACACCACCAACGUAUGAAGCCAUGACUUAUGAUAUCAAGACACUGAAAAAGAUUGGCUACAACAUGUUGAGAAAGCAUAUCAAGGUUGAGUCUCCAUUGUUCUACGCUGCUUGCGAUGAAAUUGGAAUCCUUGUAAUGCAAGACAUGCCUUCGCUUCGACCAUCGCAAAGCCGAACGCUCAGCAACUGCACGGUCGAGACAAUCCUCCCUGAUUCGGCACAGCAGGAUGAGUUUCAAAGACAGCUGGAACUACUCGUGACACAAUUUCGUUCAUACACUUCUAUCUUCGCCUGGGUCAUCUACAAUGAGGGCUGGGGCCAGUUGACCUCCCCAGACUACCCUGAAUUUGGACUUACCGAUAUCGUACGCCAGAUCGAUCCCACGCGUCUGGUAAACUCCGUCACUGGAUGGUAUGAUCAUGGAGCAGGCGACUUCAGCGACAAUCAUCAUUAUGCGAAUCCCCAGUGCGGCACACCGUGGUACAGCAUCAACAGCUCUCCCUUUGAUGCCAGCAGAAUCGGGUUCCAAGGAGAGUUCGGUGGCACUGGUAACAACGUCUCGGCGGAGCAUCUUUGGAAGGUGCAACGAGCCAUCGACUCCAUCAACAGCACCUACGAGAUUGACUUGACUCUUGACACGUGGAACUAUCGUGGGCACUUCUUGCUCAACGAACUCCUGUCGCAAGUCGAACUCUACUCCUGCGCCGGCGGUGUCUGGACGCAGACGACGGACGUUGAAGGAGAAAUCAACGGCAUGCUGACUUACGACCGAAGGGUCUUGAGACCAAACUUGGACCAAUGGAAUGCCGAUAUCCAGGCCCUGUACGACGCGAGCGCGAAGAGGAGCAAUGCUACUGCACCACGGGGCCUGCCAGGACGACUGGCGGAGGAGGUGUUCCUGGCGGAUGGCCGCCGUAGAGGUUGA